AUGGGGCAAGUCGAAGAACAGAGAUACGUGUGCAGAAUCUGCAGCAAACCCUGCGUUAGUGGGAAGUCUUUGGGAGGCCAUAUGAGGGCUCAUUUGGCUUCCAAGAAAUCAGCUGUGAAUCCCAACUGUGUGGAAGAAUUUGGAGAUAGUGAUGAGAGCAAACACGCCCUUACUGCAAAGACAACGAAUUCUUGCAGAGAAUGCGGCAAGGAAUUCGCCUCGUUGAGGGCUCUUUCGGGCCACAUGAGGUUCCAUUCGAUCAAGAACAAGAAGGAGGUGCAUUUGUGCAAGGAAUGUGGCAGAGGGUUUGAAUCCAUAAGGGCUGUGUUUGGUCACAUGAAGAGCCAUUCUACUAAGAAGGUGUCCAGUGUUGUUGUUGAGAGUUUCUGCCCGGUUCGGAGGAAGAGAUCCGAGAUCAAGUAUAAGGGCACUGGGUGUGGAAGUUUCUCGAAGCUCAUCUCGGAUUCUGAUCACUCUGGAGGUGUUGUUGCAUCAAAUGUGUCUGAAUUUGAAAAUGGAAUGGGAGUUGAUCUUGUGUGUGAUGAGGGAUUCUUGAAAGAUGGUAUUGAAAGCAAUGGAUGUGAUGAUGAGUCUUGUGAAAAUGGAGCUGAUCUUGAAAUGGUGGAGGAGAAGCAUAGGGCUAUGAGCUCUGAUUGGGUCGAGCAAGAGAUGGGGUCGGGGGGAUCAGCUCGUGGCUCGUUGAGGGAGCUGCGAGCAUGA